AUGGGGCUGGAUGGGAUCCACCCAAAGGUACUGGCCGAAGUGCUCAGUGAGCUACUUCCCAUCAUUUAUCGGCAGUGCUGGAUAACCGGGGAGGUCCCAGUUGACUGGAGGUUAGCAAAUGUGACACACAUCUACAGGGAGGGCCGGAAGGAUGAUCCAGGGAACUACAGGCCUGUCACUCUGCCCUCAGUGCCAGGGGAGGUUAUGGAGCAGAUCAUCUUAAGUGCCAUCAUGCAGCACAUACAGGACAACCAGCUCUGGGCUCUGCAGCCUCCGGUUCCUCGGAGAGGUUUUGCUGCCACGCUCAUUAGGAAGUCAUAUGAUGUCAGAAGAGUUGAAAUCACUCCCCUGGAGCAGAGGAAGGUAACUUUUGAUACCCAUGCUUUAGUGAAGGAUCUGGAAGCCCAUGGCUUUGGGAAGGAACAAGCGGAGACCAUCGUAUCGGCAUUAAUAACCUUGUCGAAUGUCAGCUUAGACACAGUCUAUAAGGAUAUGGUUACACAGGCUCAGCAGGAAAUAACUUUACAGCAGAUAAUGGCACAUUUGGACUCCAUUCGAAAAGAUAUGGUCAUCCUGGAGAAAAGUGAAUUUGCAAACUUGAGAGCAGAGAAUGAGAAAAUGAAAAUUGAAUUGGAUCAAAUUAAACAGCAGCUAGUGAAUGAAACUGGUAAAAUCCGAGCUGACAGCAAGCUAGACAUAAACCUGGAAAGAAGCAGAGUGACAGAUAUGUUUACAGAUCAGGAGAGGAAACUGAUGGAAGCAUCUACAGAGUUUCAUAAAAAAGACUCAAGUACCAACAGUGUUAUCUCAGAAAUCAGUAAUAAAAUUGACACUGAAAUAGCUUCCUUAAAAACGCUCAUGGAAUCAAAUAAACUUGAUACGAUACGUUAUUUGGCAGCUUCGGUAUUCACUUGCUUAGCAAUAGCACUGGGAUUUUACAGGUUCUGGAAAUAGAUCUAAAUGGAAUGACUGCAUCAAAUACAGAUGAAGAAAGGGCCACCCAGGCAACAUCAGUUCAGCGAUCGUGUUUGCACUGUAGAUAACCUUGGUACCUUUUUGGUUUUGAUAUUCUUACUGUGCACUAAAGAUGUUUUCUGAAUAUGUAACACUAAAGAUCAAAAUAAUUGGAGGGAAGUAGGCAAAUAGUAGUAUUUCACUGUCCCCUAUUGAAGACUGUAUUUAUUUCAAAGGACUCCUUAUGGUAAAUCAGAAACUGUUUUUUAAUGUGUUUCAGAAUUCAUUUUAUUUCCUUUUUGGAACAUUCUCAGUGGAACAUUCUCACUCUCAGCUCCUCUCAAAAUGGAAAUAUUAAACAUUUGAUAACCCCUUGAAAUGAAAAUAAUAUUCCCAAUAUGGGAAUACUAAUACCAGAUUCCAAUAGAUAUACUCUGAUCCAGGUAAAUUAAUCUUAAGUAUAGGAUCUGUAUUUUUGUCUUUGGUCUGUUCCUCUUUCCUGACUGAAGCAUGGCCCUUUGGUUUUCUUUAUAACACACACUCCAAGGCCUUUACUAAAGAAUCCUUGUUUUUCCUGAAAACUGGUUUCCAUAAAUGUAAAAUCUCAUGUAGAACUAAAAUGUCUCCAUAGAUUUCCUUUUUUUAGAAUAUUUUGCAAGUUUCGUAACCCCAGAGGUCAACAGAAUGGGAGAACUUCUUUGUCUUUCCAGAGGGAAAUGCCUCCACUCUCAGCAACUGUGUGCAGCCGUGGGGCAGAUAAGUGCUCUUAACUCCUCCCUUCAAGUAGGGCAGAGUAUUUCCAAUAAAUCCUCACGUGUUUUCCGUGCGUAGGAUCUGGCUUGUAACAUGGAAACAAACACAGAAACGGUGGUGCCUGUGUGGCAGUGGUCACCCUCCUCCCAUCUCCGUGCUCCUCCGCACUGCUCUGUUAUGCCGUGGGGGACACCAGCUCUCCUCACUGCUGGUGGUGACCCCUCGCAACAGGAAAGUAAGAGUAGGCCCUUUGUGGGCUAAAGGGUAUGUAGGACCAGUUAGUGGCAAUUUGUUAUUGCGGUUUUGUUCUGUUUACAGUUGAACUUGCUGGUAUCCUGCCAGUUCUUAUACUCUGUGCAUUAAAUUAUUUAUCAUCUUCAUUUAAGAAAAUAAAAUUAAUUUCUUAUGU